GUCGUUCUUCGUUCGUGGUUCUUCGUUCUUCGUUCGCACGCACGCUUCAAGGGUGAGUCGAGAUGUCCGAUGUAGUGAAGUUGAGAUUUUACUAUGGUCCUGGUACUGUCCAAACAAAUGAGUUGGGAGCAGAUCUUAGUGAAUUUACUCACAUAGAGGUUGCAAUCAGCGCACCACAAACAUGGUCUGUUAGUCAGUUGAAAGAAUGGAUUGCGGCAAGUUUAGGUCUUGAUACUGAAACACACACCGUCGGUGUUCAUGCAUUGUGGACACGGUCAAGUUCAAAAAUUUACUUUUAUUUGAGGCCAAUAGAGGGAGACUCCGAUUGGGUGCGGUGGUUACAAGGUUGUGAACGAAGGGGAUGCAAUCCUGUUGCUUUAGUGCUUCCCGUCGUGAAGGAGGUCACUGCACAUGAAGGGGAGGGUGGCUAUGAAGGACAGAGCAGUCAUGUAGAAGGAGGAAAUGCUUAUGGUUACGAACAAGGACAGAGCAGUCAGGUAGAAGGAGGAAAUGCUUAUGGUUAUGAACCAGGGCAGAGUAGUCAGGUAGAAGGAGGAAAUGCCGAUGGUGAUUACAAUGGCGAGGUGGACGCUGACGAGGUAGAUGGGCACAUGCAGAACCAGAUGGAAGAAGAAGACACUGAUGUUGAAAGGGGUCAUGCCGAUGAUUCUGACGAGUCAGAUGAAGAAGAAAAUGCAGAGGAGGUCCCGAAUCCUGCAUGGUGGAAUCAUGACUUAUCAUCUGCAAUGACCGUGAAUGAUGGACAUGAUUCAGCCAGGCAAUAUCACCAGAACAAUAUUGCGACGGGUGCUAUGUAUCCGAACAAGCAAGCCCUGAAGGAUGCAAUAAUUAAUUAG